AUGAGAGAUGACGAUGAGGAUUUUGGCGAUGAGGAGGAUUCUGACAAUGAUGAUGAGGAUUCUAAGGAUGACGAUGAUGAGGAGGAGGACGAUGAUGAGGAUUCGGAUGAUGACGAUGAUGCUCCGUACGAUGAUGCGGGUAUGUAUGAUGAUGAUGAUGAUGUUGAGUUAAUUAUGGUGAAUUAUAUUCCGGAGGAAGACGAGUUGAUAGUUAGUUUAUGGGUUGAAGUUCAUCUAGAUAAUGAAGAAGAAGAUGAACAACUAAAUAACACUAACCUUUUGGAGCAGUUGCUGCAAAGGUUGACUAUACAUGAUGGGAUUCCGAAUCAACUAACGGUUAAGUAUGUGAAAACAAGGAGCAACAAGCUUUGA